UCCCUUACCAACGAAGAAGAAAAGUAAACUCAAACAUGGCGACUCCCAUGCAUAGAAUAAUAGCCCGGCGGCAAGCAGAGGCAAAUAAACAGCAUGUGCGUUGCCAGAAGUGUUUGGAGAUGGGUCACUGGACAUAUGAAUGCACCGGGAAGCGGAAAUAUGUGCACAGACCAUCAAGGACGGUUGAAAUGAAGAAGAAGCUCAAGGAAAUUGAAAGUCAACCCAGGAGCAUCACAGGACCGGGACAACAAAGCUCCAGUGAGAAGAAAACUAAGAAGGCGAAAGACACCAGCGAGAGCAGCAGCGAUUCAGACAGCUCCUCCAGUGACUCAUCAUCAGACAGCAGCGACUCCUCCAGCUCCUCUUCGGAUGACAGCGACGACGACGGCAGCAGCGACAGCGACAAUGACACCUCGUCCUCCUCCUCCUCUACCUCCUCCACCUCCUCGUCAUCCUCGGACAGCUCAGACUCUGGAAGCGAUUCAGAUCAAGGACCUCCAAAGAAAAAGAAAAAGAAGAAAUGAAUGAGUAAUAAAUGUGCUGUAUUGCUAUUUUUUUCCUGGUUUAUAUUUUAGCAGUUCACAUUCCUGCAUUUAGUAAAAGCUGUUGAGAUGCUUGUACAGUUUUGUUAGGACAAAAACAAAUCAUCAGAUUUUGAAUGACAUUUUCUUAAGUUUGUUCAUCCUGCUCAGGGGAGCUGUUGAGGAGUAUACUGUGCUAUUAGGUUUGGACUAAAGUAUAUUUUAGCCAACUUUUCCUUUUGUACAGCUCACAGCCUCAACACCAUGUCAUGGAAAAUAUGUUAAUAUGCAAGCCAUUAAAAGACACUGAAUAAAACUUUUGAGUU